AUGCACACUAACGUGGGCAGCAGAGUUCUCAAUGAAGAAGGAUUUCUAGGAAGAUUUCCGUCUCCAGUCUAUUAUGAUGAAGACGGAAUCGCCAAUGUACUUGCUAUGCGCGAGAUGAUUGCUGCAGGAUACCGCAUUACCAUGGAUACUGAUUUUGACAAUGCCUUUGUUGUGCAUUGCGAUGGAGACAGACAGAUGCGAUUUGUGAAUCGUAAGGGUGUAUAUGUGUUGGAGCAACUUGGAGCGGAUGUCGAACCAGGUGCCAAAGAGACAAGUGCGAUGUAUUGUCGCCAGUUAAGCAGCAUAAAUAAACAACCCCAUUUCGAACUUUCUUCAAAACAGAAUGGAUAUGCUGGACUUGGGAUGACUGCGAAGAUGGCAACAGUUCGAAAGAACAAGGAAGGAUUCACUCCAAGACAAGUCAAGGCUGCGAUGGAAGCGAGAAGUGCGAUGCACAUACUCAAUGCUCCAAGCACCAAAAGUCUGAAGUAUGCGAUCC